AUGUCUCCCGUGCCAGAGCCUAGCUGGUGGCGUCCAUAUGAGCGUGCACCGCCCUUCGCCACAGGAGAUCCAGAGCAUCGAUUCUCCGCCGCUGGACACCGAACUCCAACCUUACAAAGCUGUGAGGAAACGCAGCCCUCAGAGGAACCAUUUUCUCUCGAGCAUUCCAAUGAAGACUCCGACGGCCUUCGCCAGUCGAGGCGAGCUGUUGGUGUGGCUGGGGCCGGCAAUACGCAGCGUCCCCAGCCUUUUAGGGGGAGAUCGCAACAUCGCGCAGUCUCAACUUCCCGUGAUAUGAAUCCUGGAUCUCCUCUAACCUUCCGAAACGGCCAGUGCAACCGAAAUCAGUUUUUUGAGGUCUUACCGCAGCAAGGCCCCGUGCGGCGCUGCGUACAGCCGAAGAAGGUGCCCGGGGGGGCUUCUCACUCCCCGGAUCAUCGUAUAUCCGCUUCUUCUCGUCCACACUCCACGCGUGAUUCCUGCAGAUUGAACGCUUCCGCGUGCGUAUCGCAAGCGCAGCCUGCCCUGAAGGACCAGAUGAGCUUCUCUGAAGGUGUUGAGGCAUUAGCUCUGGAAAGUGAAGAAGCCUUCCCCGCAGGAAACGGGCUCGCAGAGAAUCCAGAAGGGAGCGAUCGCCUAACGCACGUGGAAAGGAUUCUCGAGAAGCUUCUAUACGAAGCCAAGGUUCUAAAAAAGGAAAACUUGAAACUUCGCGCUGCCAGGAAGGAUGCAUGGGGGGCCGUCACAGGGCGCCCCCAUGAGGCAAAGAGUCCCGCAGAGAGUACGUACACCGCCAUUUUGAAAUGCCAGGUGGACAUGCUCAAGCGCCAAUUGCGGGAUCAGGAGGAAGAAAUAAGAAGCAUGCAUGACGAGGCCGACUACCUGAAUGCCUGCUGCCCGAAGCCCGGUGAGCUUGGCACGCGUCAUACCGUUGGGCCUUUAAGGAGGCAUACGUACAAGCAGAUUGCUGCUUUGUUCAGCUCAAGCGACAUCCCCGUGGCGCUCGCCUUGACGGAGGAGGCGGAAGCUGAGGAGCUCGCGUCGCACGAUCCUGAGGCCCUUCGGAGGCGGCUUCAGCUCCAGACUCUAGCUCUCAAGCAAAGUCAACAAGAAGCAGCUGAGCUGAGAGAGGAGCUGGGGCUAAUGAGAUGCAACGAGGCCUCCAGAAAAGCAGAGCUGGAAGAUCUACAAGCCCGCUGCAUAGAGCUCCGCGAGGAGCUAGCGCAGCGGCAGCAAGAAGUUCGCAGCUGCGCUACGGAAGCAGUCAUUCAGGGGGCAGAGGCAGCAGCCGCCCGAGGAGCUCAGAUUGCCAAGACUCGUGAACUCGAGCAAACGGAAAAGAGGCUGCAGAGCCAACUGAAGGAGCAGCUGGACAAUAGGCUGCGACUUCAGGCCGAAAACAACGUCUGCAGGAGACCAGGAAAAGCCGAGCAGCGAGGGGAGGAGUCACCGCAGAACUCCUCGGGCUGUGCGCCUUUCAUCCCCAUGUGCAUCAUGCACGGUGUUGAUGCGCGCUGUGCGUCUGCGCAGGUGGAGGCUGGAUGUUUACGGGCUACUCUUCGGUCCCUAGAGGAGCGAAGUGCGUUGAUGGAGGAGCAGCUGCGGAAUCGGCAGGAGGAGGUGACGCUUCUUCAAGAGCGCGUGAGUGGCCUCUGCCGCGAGAGAGAGCGAGACGCUACAGCCCUGCAGCAACAAAGUGAAACCUUGAGGCGCUGGCGUUCGUAUAUCCGAUUUCUGGAAAAGCUUAUUCGCGAUCUCAGGGGUUAUAUCGUGAACCAGGCUGCGUGUUCAGCCCCUCUGAGUGUGUGUGACGGCGUCCAGCGUCCUGCCGCGCUUUCUGGGGGGCCUUCACGGAAAUCCCCCGGCAGCGGUCUGUCAGGCAUCUCACGCAAAGAUGCAGGGCAGGAGAUGCAGGAGGCACUGGCAGCCGUAGGCUACGACUUGCUCCCGCUGCCACUGAACCCGUAUGAGCCGUCGGUGCCCCUGUCGUGUAGGAGGCUCUCUGGAGGGGGGGGGCUCCCGCGGCCUGGGAGGUUAGCGCGCGCAGAAGCAGCCUGUCGCAACAGCAAGGACGGUUCGCCGGCAAAGGCUGCGGAGAGCGGCACUGUGGAGCAGCUGAGGCAGCUCAUGCGGCACGCAGCUCAAGAGCUUCGUGUGACGGCUGCUGCUGCCGCAUGCAGAAGGGCCUCGUCUAGCCGCCGCGUGGCACAGCCCCGUGUGGCGUUGUGUGCAGGGAUGCCUGCAGGGGGAAGUGUGUCCUCUCCUGGAUCCACCGAGGCCAGUUGCUCGGGAAGAAGCGAGGAAUCAGUGCGAUCGCUCCCCUCGCGAGGAAGCCCCUCGGUGAUUCGCCGAUCUAUGCAUGCGUGCGUUGAGGGUAUCCGGAGGGGACGGCGGGGGUCUCCCGCGCGCACUAUCGGAUAUGAGGCGCCUGCUGCUAGGGAGGGGGGCCUUCAGGGCUACAGUGAUACUGGCAGUCAGAUGGAUCCUGCGGGAAGUCUCUCGGAUCUCUCUUCAUAUGACCUGGAUUCGCACAUGGAUGUAUCCCUGGACCUGCCCUGGGGUCGCACACGCCGCUUGGGGGCCCUCAACAAGAGUGCAGCGGCAGCAAAGUUGGCGCGCGAGAUCGCCGUGAGGUUCCCCUCGGCCUUUGAGAGGCUACAGAAAACACAUCCACGCGGGCGCCAGGAUGCUGAUACUGGAAUGGCAGUAGACAGGGUGUGCCCCUUUAUGAGCUGGGAGACGUCUGCCAAGAAGGUGCGAGAAUUCAGCAUGGUGGUACCUCCCAACAUUACAGACACCCCUGAGGCCCUACUAAGUUCCUCCAUGUCUCGCUCCUCUUCGUACGUGGCCCCUCCCACGACGAAUACCACAACCUUGCACACGCAAGAAAGUUCAGCAAGACAGCCGACGGAGGCGGAUGCGUGGGGAGAGGCAGGCAAGGGAGGAAAAUCCGCAGAUACGCCGUUCUUUCCGGCAAGCCCGUGUGCGUAG